AGUACUAACAUCAACUCCAUCCUAUCCCAAGUAUAAAGUUCAAAAGUGAAUAUUUAUCUAAUUUUUAUCAUAUUGUUCGUAUCUGGUGAUAAAACGGGGUGGUAUGUGAGGAUAUAGCCGUUCCCUUAAACUAGGAUCUGAUUUGUCAAUAUCAACAUGUAUUUGGGGCAGUUUAUAGCCCUGGCGGCUUUAAUCUCUGUAGCAGUUUCACAGACACCCCAUGGAAAAGACAACUCCGUUUGUACUACGAUUCCACCAUCAUCUGUCACCCCUGUUGUACCAAAGCCAAACAUUACCAACCAGUUUCACUGUCGAGUAGAGGUAGUUUUUAAGCUACAAAAUAAAACCGAAUUAGUGCACGAGUACUUUGAUGACGUCAACAACCGUGGGUACAUACGUCAGACAGACAUGAGUUUAAGGAUCGACGCCUGGUAUGACUACGGCAACAACCAAUUUAUUGGCUUCUACCCUGAUGUUCCUGAUUCAACGCCUGGUCGGUGCUUUGUUAAAAACCUGGGUACAUCUGAUCAGCGGUAUAUUUUUGGUUAUAACAAAAAUGGCCCGGGAGGUACGGGUCAUAUCUUUAGUGCUGCGGGAGCUCUUCACUUUGGAGGAAAAGGAAUCAAUGAGACGUACAUGGGCAGGACCGUGGUUCGAGACAUUCAGGUGGACUGGUGGCGAUCCUGCCAGUACUGGGCCAGUAUGGAUGCAACAAUGAUAGUAGACUGGUACUUCACUGCCCAGAAUACGUGGAAUUCGGCUGUUGGAAUCCGGGUACCAGUGCAAGCCCACGUGACAGGCGUGUCCUAUCAAAAAAAGAAACACAAUUUUGAACACUACUACAACUUUUUUGACUUCAGACCAUACCUAAGCGCAGAUGAAAACCAAGUUUUUGAGACACCCUCUGGUGUGCAGUGUCCGGGCCGGAAGUUGACACGGAAUUUCCCAGUUGUUCCUAACGACGCAUUCUCCUUCACAACGGAAAUACUUGAUACUGUGAACCUGAAACUCUCCUUUAUGAAGGAGACAUUUUUCUACUCUCAGAAGCUUGUAAUGUACGAGUACAUACCUCAGGAUGGUGAUUUUUCUCCAUAUGGCAAGAAUGACCUAAUUGAAGUUCAUGAUUUUCAUACUGGUGUCGCAUAUGUUACCGACAGAGCGCGUGGAAAUUGCAGCUACCGUCCAAUAGAGGGUUCAGAUUUUGACGAUCGAGCAAGUGGUCCCAACACAGUCAGAAUUCGUAACUCGAGAGAAUUUUUCUAUUUCGACGUUAAAAGCAAUGUUUCUUAUGAAGGCGUUAAAAAUAACCGCGGGAUAGACUGUGAUACGUGGGUCGCAUUGAGGUCAGAUUAUCCCUUCAAUAACCCCACCACUUCCACGUGGGAAUGGUAUUUCGCAACGACUCAGUGGAAUGAGAUAAAUGCAGGACCAGAAUCCGGUAAUUUACCGGUACAGAUGAGAAUUUCUUUCCCGAAUUCCGGACAAUAUUACCAGUAUAACAUCUACAAUUUUAAGAAAAAUAAACCAGAUCUUCUGAAAUUCGACAUAAGCGGCUGCUAUCAGUUUGGCCAAAGGAGAAAGUUUCAAUUCAUGCUGCAAGUGACUAAUGCGACGAAAGCUAAGAUCAGCACGAGUGUUGAACCAUUUAAAUAUUAUGUCCUACAGUCAGUUAUAUCUGCUACAGGUGUAACACCCAUCCGUGUCGCAAACCUACAGGUUUUCAUCGCCGACAAUAUCGUUGUGACAUUUGAAAUUUUGGAUGUUGCUCCAAGCAUAGGAGAUGUCAAAAAGUCAAAAACAUAUCAAGAGGUGUCAUUGGAUUUUGCUGCCAACACUCUCGCCAGCACGAUACAAAAUAACCAGUUUAUUGUGACGCUAGGUGGCGCUGCUUUCACAAAUGUCAAACCUUUAAUUGCCCAGUCUAACAGCAUCAUAGAAAUUACGUAUAUGAAUGUAACGACAACUAUUCAAAACCAAAAACAGACUGGAUACGGCCCUGGCCCAAUGGCUGGAGUGGGCAUCUCAAUGCCGAUACUUGGUGCUGCCAUGGGAAUUGUGUUUGCAUACUUUUUCUUCAAAUAGACUGUUUUGUCCGAUGUUACCGGUAGGGUGCGUAACAGAGAGGAAAUUAAAAUAAAUUUUAAGGAAAAAAACUUUAUUGAACAGACUUAUGCUUCACAGAUGGCAUAGGAAAAACAGCAAACUAUUCAUGAGUAGCAGAUUUGAAUCUAAUAAUAAAUGACGUCAGAGAUUUUAUUUAGUGUGGCAUGACGUCAGAGAUUUUGCUUAGUGUGGCAUAACUAUAUGACGUACACUGAACACAAUUGCUAUGUAUUCUACCAACCUACAGGGCUCUGCAAAGGGAUAUUUGUAUAUAACCAUUAUUUAAACCGACUUGGAAUUUAAAACGGUUUCAAAUCUAGAUCUACUGUUGUGUUUGGUGAGCCUUUGGAAGGCCGUGUUCUCUUAUCCGAUGAAUUUAAUUAAUAUCGUCUCAAUAAAACACCAGAAUUACAACGGAAAUUCGAAAGAUAAGGAA